GGGGGUUCCUGCUGCGGAGGCUGGCGGCGGGUGGGAUCGCUGACUACAGGCAAGUCCUAACAACAACAAGAGCGAGCCUGCACCUUUAUUCCCCCAAAGUUUGCAGCCGGGAGGACGAGAGAGCAAGCGGCAGGACUGCAGCAGCCGCGGGGAAAUGCCUCUGAAGAAGCUUCCUCCAAAGGCUGGGCUGCGGCAGUGCUUCUGAAGCCAAAUCUGGCCACAUUCUUGCACGGGAAUUAGGGGGGAGUGGAUCAAGCGGAUCUCUUCGGGGAUUUGCCGUUCCUGCUCCCCUUUGCGGGCCGUGGAAGGACCCCCCCCUCUCCUCUCUCGGUCUGGGGUUAUUAGCACUCAUUCCGUGUUUCUUAUUUUACCCUCUGUUUGAAGCUGCGUUGUGUAUUGGCCCCCUGCACAGCUGGGCGCCCGCCGCGACGCAGUGUUUUCCGCUAAUCUGAGCGACCACCCUCUGCUUGCUGGUUCUGCACAGCUGGGCGCCCGCGCCAGCUGUUUCUGCACCUCUGCACACCAGCAGCCAGCCCCGGCCUCUGGAGAGCCGAGGCAGUUCUACUCAGCACAGCUGUAUGCCCGCCGCAGUUUCUGCACAUCUGGAUUCGCUGGAGUCUUGGGCCUUCCAUGCGCUGCUGGUGCUGCCCUAUAUGUUUUACGUGGGCUUGUUCUUUGUCAAUGUGCUGAUUCUCUACUAUGCCUUCCUGAUGGAGUAUAUCGUCCUCAAUGUAGGGAUCGUGUUCCUGCCUGAAGACAUGGACCAGGCUCUGGUGGAUUUGGGGGUGCUCUCAGACCCUGGCUCGGUGCUCUAUGACACGGACAGUGAGCUGGAUGUGUUUGAUGGGUAUUUGGAAUAACAAGCAAAAAGAGUGCAGAAAGUGACUAUGGAAUCCCCACACACACACACACGGCAAGAAUUGGAGGGCUUCUGUUGUUCUUGGUAGCCAUGGCUAAGGGAUCACCAGACCCCUCUGCUGUCCUUACAUCUGAUUUCACUCAGCGCGGCAUCGUGUGCCCAAAAUGGCCCCACCAAUGCAAGUGUCAGUGGGGGGCUGCUGCCUCUCGCUGAGGUGCCUAGGACCUGCCGCUGCUCAUGGGAUGGGAACUGGAGGCUGCGGCGGAGGCCCCGGUGGGGAGCUGGAGGCAGACACAGCGGGCCCUGCUGGGCUCCAAAGCGCUGUAAGUCAUUUCUUCCAGCUUGGUCAGUAUCCUCAUCAUCAGAACUUGCAGAACCGGAAGUUUAGGGGAUCUGUCCCCAGCCCCCGUCACCCAGCGUACCAUUCUGUUUCGUAGGAGGCUUAACCGAGUUCCGGAAACAGCCCCCUCCCCAUAAUCGCUGGCCUGGCACGUGUGGAUAGGUUUGUUGCACACUUGAAAAUGUUCCAGGACAGGAAUCAUGGAACACGAAACUGUGGCCUUGAAUGUUCAAAACUAAAAGGAAUGUACAGGAGACAAAACGGGCGAGACAAUGUGAAGUGGCAGCAUCAGAAUGUUUCAGCUGUGACUUUUCCCCAGGAUUGUUGGAUCAGGGUUGUUACACUAACUGCAGUGAUUCAUAUGCAUCACCGGGCCUCCUUAGGACAUGGCCUUCAUGGACAUUUUAAAAAGUGGUCUCUCCAUACUUUAAACAAAGCUUUUACUUAGAUUUGAUAAACUUUUGAAUAAAUAUGUUACCCAAAUGGGCAAUCUGUAUUACUGUUUAUGAAGUUCAAAUCAGGUCACAUGUUGAAAACUUUCCUGGCUGUUAGUUCAGAAGGUCAGUUCUGCUGUUGGAAUAGAGCCUAAAACCACUACAAAUUAAAUUUGGUUCAGAACAGUAUUACAGAAAGGGAUUGUUUUGUAAGGUGUGGGUAUUUUUUGUUUGUUUUGUUUUUAAUUUUGUGAGUCUUGUAUUAGGGCAGCAAGAGAGAAUCCAGUAUAAAUCUGGAGGAUUAAUUAGCUAACAGGAUACUUUGCACAUUGUUUAAAUUCAAGUUCUUAUGUACACAUGUAAAAGCAAUACAUUGAAGACUGACCUUGUUCAAUUAAAAAGUAUGCAAAUCA